AUAUUAUUGCUUUUAAAUCUAAAAAGUGCAGCAAGUAUCUCAUUUAACAUAUCUUGUCUUGUUUGUGAGAAAGAAGACUGAAUUGAUGCCAGGACUGAGUGAGAGUCAGAGCAGAUGAUGGCCUUAGCAGCCCUGGUGUCCUCUAUCCACUGUAAUGCUGUUACCACUGCCAUCAUUUCCACUGUAAAAACUGCUAAGUGAUCUGGAGUCCGUCUUUUGAUGUCUAUUGCUAGUGUAGGAACCGUCACUGAAAACCCUGUUUUUCCUGUUUUGGGAUCUUUUGAACCAUCUGUAUAAAUAACAACACAAUCCUGAUACAACAUUUCAAGUCUAUCUUUUAUUAAUAUUUGAGCAUUCGCUAUGUCUUUGUACUUAUUCCUGUUUUCCAAGAAGUAUAAGUCAAUGGAGACUGCAGGAAAAACCCAUGGUGGAGUAACUGAUAAUGGAACUGUAGGAACAAAACGGAGGUUAGUUAAUCCCAUUUCAUCAGCAAAGUGUGCACUGCUCCAUAUUAAACACUUUGUUCGGUCUCUUUCACUCUCCCAACAAGGAAGGAUUACCUUAGUUGUUGGGUGCCCGUCCAGAGUGUGACCCUGAAGAUACGCCCAGUAAUUCAUCAGCAGUUGCCGUCUCCUUAAUUUCAAAGCCACACAACUGGAUCCAUGGCCCCCCUACCAUAAUGAUGUUACGUCUGACACCAAAGCCCCGAGGACUGCAUCGAGUAAAGGGGGCGUGUCCAAAUGAGGCCUGUAGCGAGGCCCGUAUCAGUUUCCUGAAUAUCACGUGACCAAAGACAAACGAGGCCCCGCUUGUCGUAAAUCACAUGUUCCAGCCUUCUCAAGAGCUCUCCUCAUCUCCUCUAGUGUAAAUGGAGCAUCCAUUGCGCUCUGAGUAUCAACUCUACGCUCCAGGACCCCUAGGGCUCAAGAAUGACUUGGAAAACAAACUGUUUGGACAGCAUAUUGCAUCACGCAUCAUUUUAAAAGCUGUGAAUGGAUUCAUGAGCAACAACAACCCAAAGAAGCCCCUGGUGCUCUCUCUGCACGGAUGGACCGGCACAGGAAAGAACUUUGUUCGUCAGCUUAUAGCUGAGAACAUUUACAAGGAGGGCAUGGACAGCUCAUUUAUUCAUGUGUUCACAUCCAUACUUCAUUUCCCUCAUCCCAGCCAAAUAUCUGUCUACAAGUCUCAGUUACAGCAGUGGAUCAAAGGCAACGUCACCAACUGUGAACGCUCCAUGUUCAUCUUUGAUGAGAUGGACAAGAUGCACCCUGGCCUGAUUGACAGUAUUAAGCCAUACCUGGACUACUAUGACAAGCUGGAUGGAGUUUCUUAUCGGAAAUCUAUCUUUGUUUUCCUCAGUAAUGCUGGAGGGGAAAGCAUUGUACAAACAGCUCUAGAUUUCCGGAGAGCAGGACGAAAUCGAGAAGAGAUCGAGCUGAAAGACCUGGAAACCUCACUCUCACUAUUGGUUUUUAACAACAAAAAUAGCGGCUUUUUUCACACAAGUUUGAUCGACAGGAAUUUGAUCGACUUCUUUGUCCCGUUCCUUCCUCUGGAGUACCAGCAUGUUGUCCAGUGCGCCAUGGGUGCGAUGAAAGCCAGGAAGAUCAAGCCAAACACAGAUGUGGCAGACAUGGUGGCUAGAGAUUUAGUCUAUUUCCCCAAAUCUGAGCGAGUGUUCUCCGUCAAAGGCUGCAAGACGAUAGCGAGCAAACUGGACUACUACACGUAAUGUCAGCGUCUGACAGACAUGAUGUUCUGUCACUACGUGCACUUUUUAAAGAGAAAACUCUCACAGCCAAAUGAAUUUAGGACUGCAAGUCAAGCCAGCUGAAGAUGUCUGUGGAAGUUUCUCUGUCAGACCUUUUGUGGCAAUUAAGAUGAUAUCAGGAGGCCUUCUCCUGUGUUGCUUCUCACUUACACUGAAUGAAGAGGCUGAUGAAGAGCUCAGCGCCAGCUGAAUAAAAAAUUAAAACGAUUGAAACGCAAGCCUUUGUAACUGAUUAGGGAGCUUGAUAUCUACUUUUGUAUCAACAAGGUUCUUGAGAGUUUUAUUUUAAAACUUCUUAGUGGCGAAGGGUGUCUUUCUGUUAGUGAAUUUCACUGUUGUGCUUUUUUCAGUGCCUACACCACGUGUAUAGACUACUGGGAAAUCCUGCCUUGAUGCUUCAUUUUAUAAUUUUUUUUAACUGUUUCUCAGUAUGUCUGCUGUACAUUUAACUGUUAACAGUCUGAGUUGGGCAUUGUGUGUGAGGGUACUGCAGUGGAGCUGAUGAUGGAAACUUUACUUUUUAAAUACAAAAACUUAAAAUCAACUUUGUAUGAUCCAUUUUCUAUAAUGCUAAAAUCUGAUUUGGUUCUUAGGACACUAAAAUGUGUUUAUUGAUGAGUAAAAUAUUCAAAAUGUUUAUACUGUGAAAUAUCAAUAUAUGACCUUGACUUUUUUACACCAUCACUGGAGCUGCAUUAACUUGGUAUGUUUUUUUUUUCUUUCAU